AUGUCCCUAGAUGGGUGCUGUGCUGUGCUGUUUCUCAUGCUUCUUGCGAACAAGGUCGGAAGCUGGCAAGCGCAACGCCGCAACCCAGCUGCGAUUUGUUGCAUUAUCCGAUACUCUCUGUAUUGGGUGCUCAAGGCGGCGGCGGUCCUUCAGUCCCAACAGCAUGGGGCCCUCUGCAGGUUGUGGAUACCCAGCCCAUGCAACGCAGCAAUAGAGAGACCAGGAGGCCAGUCUAGCGGCCCCGUGAUGGUUCGCAACGGCAAGGCCACUGGAAGUCGCCUGGCUACUGCGGCUCGCAUGUGUACUUGGCGGUUGGGUUCUCUUCCGCAUUGA